AUGAUGGAUGCAAGUGAUGAUGAAGCUGAUGAAGAUUUAGACCACUUGGGAUCUGUCGAAGCUGUUCCGCGUUCAGAUGCAGAUCAUUUGAAGCAACUGAACAGCCUUGGCAUCACAGCCCAAAACGAGGGAGUGGAUGCUGUCGAUGACGAGAGCGAGCUCGAAGACCUACAGCCAGAUUCAACCUCCAAUUCGAUGGAGACGCAGCUGUUAAAAGGGGGGCCCAGUUGGUUCAAAGCGAAUCUGCCUGUCAUGGACGUUCAACAAAUGUUGGCCAGGCAUUGCUUGAUGCGUGCUUGUAAUUGCCACAUAGAAGUUUCUGAAGAUCUGUCCACGGCAGACUUUUUUGCCAUCAACUCGCGGGUCGCCUCCAAAGCCAAGGCCAUCCUGCGCCUUUCCAUCAACGAGCUUCAAAGCAGCAUCUUACAACACGAUGGUGGCAGUUCCAUCCCCGAAGACUUUGAAGAGGAGGAGAAUCUGGAUGGUCUUGACAUGAGCUGGGCAACACAUUCAUCCCAUAGAAGUUUUUCCCAUCACACAGUAAGGCCGUCUUUUGUGGAGCCAUCGGCUCAGUCGUUUUAUCCAAGUCUGGUCUCAUGGACUUUCAAUCACCAACUGGACCCGGUCCAGGCAAGGGCAAUUGCAUGUGUGGAGAAUGGUGAAUCUGUCCUGGUUUGUGCUCCGACUUCAGCAGGAAAAACAGCAGUUGCAACCUAUGCCGUGGCCAUGGCCUUGCAUGGGAAGAGAAGGGCAAUCUACACUACUCCAAUCAAGGCGCUCUCAAACCAGAAAUUCCUGGAGCUUGGGAAAUCCUUUGGUGGCCAAUAUGUUGGGAUCUUGACAGGUGACACGGUGAUAGCUAGUGAUGCUCCAAUUGUUGUGAUGACCUUGGAGAUUCUUCAAAGCAUGUUGUACAAGCAGGCCAGAGACCCCAAUCUCCUGGAUGAUUUCCAGUGCGUCGUCAUUGACGAAGCGCAUUUUCUUGGAGAUUUGGAUCGAGGCUUUGCCUGGGAAGAGGUUCUAAUCCUUUUGCCUCGUCAUGUGAAGCUGGUACUCUUGUCGGCAACGGUGCCAAAUUCCCAAACGAUUGCAGAUUGGUGUGCCCGGGUUCGAAUGCAGCCGGUGCAUGUGAUCACCAGUGAGCAAAGACCCGUUCCACUCUCGCACGACAUUUUCAGAUGCGGUCCGCCUGAUUUCUUUGGUCCGAAGCGACGGUCGUUUUUCAGCGUCAUGAGACCUCCUGGAAAUCGCUUCAUGUCGCGGAACUUGCAGGAGGCAGUUCGCCAGAGGACCAUCAUCCUCCAAAGUCAGGCAGUGUGGCGAUGUCCACCCGAGCUUGUGCCACAUUUGAUUGGGCGGAAAGGUCAGAAUCUGAAGCAACUGAUGUUUGGUUUAUCAGCCACAAUUCGGAUUCAUGAUGGAGGAGUAAUUGAAGUCAAAGCUGCAGAUGCUAUGGUCGAGAAAGAAGCGCAAAUGCGAGUCACCAACUGGCUGAUCGACCAAGAUGUGCCAGAGGCAUCAGCAAAGCCGCCAGACUCAUCCAGUGAUCCUUUGUCUCUGCAAGUGGAGGAUCUAGAACGAUUGCUCUCCUUGCUGUGGUACCGGAAGCAGCUUCCAACAAUUGGUUUUUGCUUUGACAAACGGAUGUGUGAGAGAGUUGCUUUGCUGCUGGCCGGAGCCAAGCGCAUGGAUUUUUCCAGUAAUGCAAACAAGCACAAGAUUCGACAGAGGCUACAGGAAGGGCUUGAGCAUCUGGAGCAACGAGACAGGCAGCUUGCUCAAGUGAAAAACUGCUGUGAUUUGUUGGUACGUGGCAUCGGUGUUCACCAUGGCGGCAUGUCGGUGCCUCAAUUGCGGCAUGCAAACAUAUGA